AUGGCUUUGUACAGAGAAGUUGGUACCCGGAAGGUCACUUCUGUGAAUUUGGUUACCGGGUUUUUUCAGUAUCUCCGGGAUGAACAAGAAGCAGUGCAAAAGAGAACCUUUACAAAAUGGAUCAAUUCACAUUUGGCUAAGAGGAAUCCUCCGUUAGUAAUAAAUGAUCUUUUUAUAGACAUAAAAGAUGGAACUAAGUUACUUGCAUUAUUGGAAGUCUUGUCUGGACAAAAACUGCCAUGUGAACAAGGAAGGCAAUUGAAGCGCAUUCACUGGGUAGCCAACAUUGGCGCAGCACUAAAGUUUCUGGAAGGCAGACGGAUUAAACUUGUGAAUAUCAACUCAACGGACAUUGUUGACGGGAAACCCACCAUUGUGCUUGGUUUGAUAUGGACCAUCAUUCUAUAUUUCCAGAUUCAAGAAUUGACCAGCAAUCUUCCACAACUUCAUUCACUGUCUAGUAGCACAUCUUCAGUAGACAGUGUGGUGAGCUCUGAGACCGGCAGCCCCCCAACCAAACGCAAAGUGGUCAAUAAAAUCCAAGGAAGUGCCAAGAAAGCCCUUCUUAGAUGGGUACAAUACACUGCAGCCAAACGCCUUGGAAUAGAAAUAAAAGAUUUUGGACCAAGUUGGAGAAAUGGCAUUGCCUUCCAUUCAAUGAUUUAUGCAAUUCGUCCAGAACUGGUGGACUUGGACAAACUAAAAGGAAGAAGUAAUCGGGAAAAUCUGGAAGAAGCUUUUUCAAUUGCAGAAAAUGAGUUGGGAAUACCAAGACUUUUAGAUCCUGAAGAUGUAGAUGUUGAUAAGCCUGAUGAAAAGUCCAUCAUGACCUACAUCGCUCAAUUCCUCAAACAUUAUCCUGAUCUUCACAGCACAGCAGGAGGCCAGCAAGAUGAUAAGGAAGAAGGACUGCUUCGAGACUUAAAGGUUUGGAUUGAACAGUUUGAACGGGAAAUCAGCCGAGCACAAACAGUAGAAAGCAGCUUACAGGACAAAUAUCAGUCAUUUAAACAAUAUAGAGUCCAGUAUGAAAUGAAAAGGAAGCAAGUUGAAAGUGUUAUAAAGCCAUGGGGCAAAGAUGGAAAAUUAUCACUUGAUCAGACAAUGCUGAAGCAAGCAUGGGAUAAAGUUUCAGCAAGGAUUCUUGAUUGGCAUGUACAACUUGAUAAAUCCCUACCAGCUCCUUUGGGAACCAUUGGCUCCUGGUUAUAUCGAGCGGAGAUUGCACUCAGGGAAGAAAUUAUCAUUCAGCAAUCUCACGAUGAAACAGCAAAUAUCAUACAAAGAAAAUUAGACCAACACAAGGACAUACUGAAGAAUCUGGAUGGUUAUAAAAAGGCUUUCCAGGAGAUCCACCGCUCACGGUCUGUCAACGGAGUCCCCGUCCCUAUAGAGCAGUUGGAAGACAUGGCAGAAAGGUUUAGUUUUGUUGCAUCUUCCUCCCAGCUUCAUAUGAUAAAGUUAGAAUUCAUGGAGUUAAAGUAUCGCCUUUUAGCUCUUUUGGUCCUGGCAGAAUCUAAACUCAAGUCUUGGAUCAUCAAAUAUGGAAGAAGAGAGUCUGUUGAACUGCUUCUACAAAAUUACAUUAUGUUUAUUGACGGCAGCAGGUUCUUUGAGCAAUAUGAAUUUACCAGCCAGUCUCUUAAGCAAGCAUCUGAGAUCUAUGUUAAAGCUGAAGGAUCAGCUGAAGAAGCUGAGAGUGUCACAAAGUUUUUAAAUGAGACUACUAUCCAGUGGAGGAACUUAUCGGUGGAAGUCAGAAGUGUCAGAAGCAUGCUUGAGGAAGUCAUUUCAAACUGGGAUAAAUACAGUGGUACAGUGGCCAGUUUACAAGCUUGGUUGGAGGAUGCUGAAAAGAUGCUGGAUCAGCCAGAGCAUGCCAAAAAGGAGUUCUUCCGCCACUUGCCUCACGUGAUCCAGCAGCACACGACAAUGAACGACUCUGGCAAUUUCCUGAUUGAAACUUGUGAUGACACAGUGUCUAAAGACAUCAAGCAACAGCUCCUAUUGCUGAAUGGCCGUUGGAGAGACCUAUUCAUGGAAGUUAAGCAUUAUGCCAGAGCAGAUGAUUAUGACCGGGCAAAGAGGGAAUAUGCGGAGGGUUUGAUAGCACUGGCAGCAUUUGCAGAAGGAGGCAACGAAAGAAUUUCCAUCCCGCUGGAAGUGUCCUUUUUAAAUGUCAAGAUGUUUGUUCAAGAUUUAGAGGAUAUCAAACAGAAAAUGCCAAUCAUAGAAGCUCAGUAUAAGUCAGUGACAAGGAUGGCUCAGCUUCUUACAAAGGAAUCGCCACCGUCUGAAGCCAGUGAGAUGUUGGCAGCAGUGGCAAGAAUUAAGGAACAUCUAAAUCGAAUACGGGAGCGAUAUCCUCCUCUAUUGUAUGAAUCACAACAACUUCUAUUGCCACUUGGAGAGUUUGAGGGUCACAUGACCAUUUUUUAUGAGACUCUUGAGAAACUAACUGGAAUUAUCUCAAUGUCAGACAUGGAUUUACAGUCGACUUCUGUUCUUAAACAGAAGCAGCGGGAGCUAAUAACAUAUCAAGAGAACUGUAAAAAAGCUUUGGUCAUCAUUGAGAAGAAUGGCCAAGCUGUUCACAAAGCACUGACAAUCAGCAAAUCGUUACACCAUUUUGACCGAUCUCUUCUGCAGAAGAAAAUAACAGAUGCUCAGUCUGCUUUUCAGACCAUGGUAAAGAAAAUAUCUGAGUGGAAAAAAACAGUAGAGUCCAACAGUAGCCUGAUGAAGAAGUUUGAAGAGUCCAGAGCAGAGCUUGAGAAAGUAUUGAAAACGGCAGAAACAUACCUGAAAGAGAAGGGAAACCCAGAGGAAUUACUAAAGAAGCACACUGAUUUUUUUGGGCAGUUAGAUCUGAAGGUUCUUAAUGCUUUCCUGAAAGCUUGUGAUGAGCUGACAGAUAUCCUGCCAGAGCAAGACCAGCAGCCACUUCAAGAAACUGUCAGGAAAUUACAUAAACAAUGGAAGGAUUAUCAGAGUGAAGCUCCCUACCAUUUACUACAUCUGAAAAUUGAGUUGGAGAGGAAUAGGAUUCUAUCUUCAGUUGAGGAAUGCCGAACGGAGUUGGUACGGGAAAACAAAAUACUUGCAGUAGAUGGCAGUCAGAAGGUUUUGAAAGAACACAGGGCUUUCUUUGGUGAGAAAGGAUGCUACCAGCUGUGUGAGAAGAGGCUGAGACUGAUUGAAGAGCUGUGUUUAAAACUACAGGAGAGGGACCCCAUAAAAGGAGUUUAUGAAAGCAGCAGAGUGGUGCUAAAAGACCUGAAAACUCAGAUUGAUAAUACACAUCUAAAACUGAUGGAGCAUCCGGACAAGUGGAAGAAUUUCAGGAUCAGAUUAAAAGAUGUGUCGGAUUGGCUGGCAGCAAAGGACAACCAGUUAAAUCAAAUUAAAAGCGGGGCUAAAGACAUUACAAAAUAUGAACAAAUAAAAUCGUCAGUGCAGGAAAUUAGACAAGAUGUGGUUAAACAAGAGGAUAACCUCAGGUAUUUGAAAGACAGCCUGGCUGCACUUACUGAAGUAUCAGUGGAGAAGGAAGUAAGAAAGCAAAAUAUUGAUCUAACAAGACUUUCUGACAGCUUCAAAUCUUUCUUGGACUCGCUAGAUGAGACUGAGAAGAUUUUAAACACAGUUGGGGAUUGUGUAGAGUGCAAAGAGGCAGUAAAGAAUGUGCUCAGCGAAUUAGUGACAAGCUCAAAAGAUGUCCAAUCAGAAGCAGAGAAGAUCCUCAACACAGAAAGCCUUGAGGAGGCUCAGGAGCUACUUAUUCGUUAUGAGCAAAAUGUAAAGAAAAUACGUUCAAAGAAACAGGACGUUCAGCUCCAGAUUACUCGUGCCAAACAGAUACAAAUUGAGAAGGGAUUGCCCAGAGAUGUCCAUGAUGAAUUUAUGAAGAUGGAAGCUGAAAUGGAAAAUGUGGAGACAACAUUGGUUCAACAGGAAGAAGACCUAAAGGACACAAUAAAUAAUUGGGAGAAAAUAGAAACUGGAAAAGAGUCCAUUGCCCACCAUUUAAAGCAAAUGGGACCUACACUUGAACGACCCUUGAACUUUGGUACAGUGGACAAUCUAUCACUAGAACUUCAACAAACAAAGGAAAUUUGCAAACAGAGUGAGGAUCUGUCAGUUCAAGCUGAGAACCUGGUGAAGAAGUCAAGUGACAUAAAGCUUGGAGAAAAGAGCAAGCGCCACCUACUGGAGAAAACUAAGACUGUUAAUGAGAAUGCAAAGCAGGUUAAAAAGUACCUAUCUGAGAACAUUACCAAAAUGGAACGGUUAAAGGACAGGUGGCAGAAUUUUAAUCAAGAUUUUGAGAUGCAUGCCACAUGGAUUUCAGAUCAAGAAAAGGAAUUAAGUGACCUUGAACUGUCAAAUAUUUCAGCAGACAUCCAAGUCACUCAUAUCCAGGAAAUACUAAAGGAACUACAGGGGAAAAGCAAUGCAGUGGCAGAUCUUGAAGCCAACAGCCAGUCUUUUGCUGAAUUUAUUAGCUCUCCUGAGAUGACUCGGAUAAGAUCCAGACUGUCACAGAUGGUCAAGGACUGGGAUGGACUCAAAGAACAUGCUCAACGGCUGAAAGAGAGCAUUCUAGGACAUGCCGAACAGCAACAAAAAUUUGAUGAGUCCUUUCAUCAGGUUCAAACUUCUUUGGAGAACAUUGAAGCUUCUCUUGCAUGCCCAGUUAAGAACUGUCCUUCUGCAGCAGAGACAUACAAAGUGUUGAAUCAACAUCAGGAUCUUUGUCAUGAUGUUGAAAGUUUGAAAACCAGAAUCCAUUCUCUGACUGCCGGUGCUCGUAAUCUUACAAAUAAGGAUAAAGCAGUGCAAGAGACCUCAAACCUUCAACAACGAAUUGAAACUGCCUGGACACAAGCCAAAGAGAGACACUCCUUGCUAGAGCAAUUACUAGCACAUUGGCAGAGACAAGAAAAAGAGUUUUCUUCUUUUAUUAUCUGGCUGGAGAGAAACGAAGCAUUGCUCAGUCCUCCACAAGAACUAUUCCCUGCAGACAAAACAAAAAUUGGAGCUGAUAUGCAGGCAGUCCAGGCUCUUCAUGCUGACUUAGCACAAUCCCAGAGGUACACUGUUCUGGUCCAGCUGUCUGCAUCUUUGUAUCCAACCUCCACCGAAAGUGGCAUAGAGUCAAUGAGGAGCCGCUUAGAGGAUCUGUUGCAAAGAUGGAAUAGUCUACCUGAAGCUGUUUCUAAAAGGAUCGGUAUUUUGGAGUCUGUCCUGGGUGAACAUCAGAAAUUUGAUGACAUGUUGCUUGAAUCGUCUCUCUGGAUAAAACAGUUCCUUAGAAAACUUCAGGAAACCGCUGAGAUCAAUACCUCUAAUCAUGAGGCUGCUGUGACUUUAAAUGAGAAACAUAUAGCAGAGAUGAAAAAACAACAAGAGGAUGUCAGUCACCUGAAUGGCCAGUGUGCUAAGUUAUGUACCUUCACCAUUUCAGAAGAUCAUUCCCUUUUACAAGGAAGGAUCAGGGACUGUUUACAGCUGUAUGAAGAAGCAAGCCAAGUCACCGAAAGACGUCAAGAAUCCCUUUCCAAAUUAGGAGACUUCUUAAGAAUAUAUAUGGACUCACUGGGAGUUAUACAGAUCUUAAAAGAAACAGUAGUGGGAGCAGCCAGCUUGGAUAAAGUCAAAUCAGACGCACUUGGGAAAGACUUAAAUGAUGUUUCACAGGACAUUGACAAGAUAACAGCCUUAUCCACAGGUUUAGAUACUGCACUAACAAAAGCACAGUAUAACCUAAAGAACUCAGUUACUGAGCAGAGAACAUCUUGUAGAUCACUGUGUGACAAUCUCAAUCUAGAACUAGAAAAAGUACAGACAUUACUUGGAACAAAGCUAAGUGAGGCAGAGGUUCUUGGAGCUUUGUGGAAAUCAUUUAUUGAUUGCAGAGAGAGGCUGCUCAAGACUAUUGAAGACAUUGAAGAAAAGGCAGACAGUGAGGAGAUGAAAGAGCCAACCCUACAAGCAAUUCAACAAAGGUUGACAUUUUUUAAUGAACUGGAGGAGGAAAUUAACGCAUACCAGCAUGAAAGACAGUGGCUGAUGGACAAAGCAAAGCAGAUUGCUCAGAAGGAUUUAUCUCUGGCAGCUGAAGCAGACAAAGAACUCAAUGGACUGAACAUUACUUGGGAAGAUACUAGGACGCUUAUCACCGAGAGCCAAGAGCAGUGUCAAGCCCUCAUUGAUCUAAUGAAAGAGUACGAGCAACUUAAAUCUGCUAUAAUGAAGGUUUUAGAAAAUGUGGAAAAUAUGAUCACGAUCAAAUCCACGUUAAAAGAUCAAGAGGACAUCCGCCGCACCAUAGCAAAACAUGAAUCAGCCAAGAAUGAAAUCACAGAGAACCAGAAAGAACUUGAAGAGUUCACCAACAAAGGAAAACGUUUACUGGUGGAACUGAAGAGAAUUCAUGGAUGUGACUCAAGACCAGUGAAAAAAGACAUGGACUACUAUGUGGACCAGUGGCUUGAUAUUUUGGAAAGAAUAGAUGAGAACCUGGAAAGACUAAGUGUGAGCCUGGCCUUAUGGGAAGAUGUCUUAAGCAUAAAUGAUGAAAUUGAUGGGUGGUCUACCUGCUCCAUCUCACAGAUGAAUGACAGUAUUACCAACUUGAGCAGCAGUCAACAUCUGAAAGCUUGUCUUGCAGAUUUUCAGGCUGAAGUAACAAACAAAGGACAGAAACUGGAGGAGUUUCAUUGCAAGGUUUAUGAACUCAAAGAGCUGACCAAGAGCCAGGAGCCCCCUUCAGAACUGCAGUUCAUGGAAGCAGAUUUAAGGCAGAAACUGGAGCAUGCCAAAGAAGUUUCCCAAGUGGCCAAGGGGACAUUGAAUGACUUUAGUCUUCAGAAGAUGCAACUGGAAACUUUCGUUGAUCAGAUGACUAACUGGCUUAAUAAAGUUGAAGAAUCCAUUUUAAAAUAUACAAACAGCCAGGAACCUGAAGACCUGAAAAAACUUAAGGAAAUGCAGAAAGAGUUCCAGGCCCAGCAAAGCAGCAUUGACGCAACACAAGAGAAUCUGAACUCUCUGUGCCGACGAUACAGGUCUGCUGAGCUUGAGGCUGUUGGGGUAGCCCUGACUGCACUGAUAAAGAAGUAUGAAGCCACCAACCAGCUCUGCCUUAGAACACAGGCUACUCUGCAAGAGACACUGGAAAAACAAUUUAAUGAUGCUAUGUAUGAAUUUGGGGAAUGGUUUGAAGAAGUAAAAAGGGGGAUUCAAGGCUCUUCAGACUGGUCUGGAGACAGCAAAACUUUGGAGGCCAAAAUACAGCAUUUACAGGAUGUAUUAGACUCAGUCAGUCAAGGUCAAAGUAAAUUGGAUAAUGCAACGGAAAAAGGAGAGAGACUUUACUACUGUUUGCCAAAGGCACUUGUGCUCAGUAUUCAGGAGAAAAUAUCAAAAGCAGAAAAAGAGUUCCAGGGUUUCAAGAAGCAGUGUCUGAAAGACAAGCAGGCUUUAGAGGACUGUGUCUCUGAGCUUGGAAGCUUUGAGGAUCAACAUAAAAAGUUAAGCUUGUGGCUUCAUGAGCUGGAGGAGCGGAUUAGGACAGAGACCCUUGGAGAAAGCAAGCAGCACAUUCCAGAGAAGAAAAGUGAGAUGCAUAAAGUGGAAAUGUUCUUGGAGGAAUUACUGGCUGCACGAGAUUCAUUUGAGAAACUUUGCCAGCGAGGUCAGACCCUCCAUGAAGAUGGCCGAGGUGAUGGUCAAGAAGUUCGUCAGUCUUCCCAGCUUCUCACAACCUAUCAGAACUUGGUAAAAACAAUCAAGGACAAGCUUCGUGUCUGCCAGGUGGCUGUACAAGAGCAUCAGAUUUUUGAAGAAGCAUUGCAAACCACAUGGUUAGGGCUGAAAGAUAUUCAAGACAAACUCUCCACUACAGAAAGCACAGUGGGAAACAAAAGCACACUUGAAAAACGUCAUCUGCAAGUUCAGGAAAUCAUACUAACUAAGGGCGAAGGUGAAGUCAAACUGAACUUAGCUAUUGGGAAAGGUGAACAGGCUCUUAAGAGUAGUAACAUGGAUGGACAGAUGGUAAUCCAAAUGCAGCUGCAGACACUGAAGGAUGUAUGGGGGACUGUCAUCAGCACCGCCACUAGGUGUCUCAGUGUUUUAGAGGCCGUGAUCAAUCAAUGGAAUGAGCACACUGAGAGGAAAAAUCAAAUGGAACAUUGGCUGGAGUCCGUGGAUCAUAAAUUGGAACAACCUCUCCAGCCUCAAAACGGCCUGAAGGAGAAGUUUGGUGUAUUAGAUUACAUUCAAGCUAUCUUAUCGGAUGUAGAAGAUCACUCCACUACGCUGCAUCAUCUCAUUGAAAAGACAAAGGAACUACACCAGAAAACUGAGGACCCUUCCUUCUCUGACAUUGUCCAGAGUGAUCUGAAAAUGCACUUUAAUGACAUCAUGACUGUUGCCAAAGAAAAGAUGAGGAACAUUGAAGACAUAGUAAAGGAUCAUCUGCUCUACCUGGAUGCUGUACAUGAAUUAACUGAUUGGCUGCACUCAGCUAAGGAAGAACUUCACCGCUGGUCUGAUGCCUCAGGAGAUUCGGCUUCCAUCCAGAAGAAAGCCACAAAGAUUAAAGAGUUGAUGGAUUCCAGACAGACCGGAGCUGAACGCCUAAGCAAAGUUGAAACUCUGGCUCCUGCAGUGAAGAAGAACACUACUGCUAGUGGGUGCGAACAAAUAGAUGCAGAGAUCCAAGGCCUGCAAACGGACUGGAAGCAGUGGGAGGAGAGUGUCAAUCAAAGUAAAAACACUUUGGAAACUCUUUCAAGUCAAAUGGCUAUCUCAGAACAGGAAUUCACAUCCCAGGUCUCAAAGCUGGAAGAUGCAGUCCAAGACUUCAGUGUGUUUCUGGAAAAGUGGGCUCAGAAGCUGAUGCAAGCGGAAGGCAAGAAUACAGACAGAGAAAUAGUGGAACACUGGCACAGGCAGAAGGAUGCUCUCAACGCCCUCACUGAAGCUGAACAUAUCACAGAUGACUUAAAAACUCAACUAAAUGACCUCUGCAGAUUUUCAAAGGACCUGAGUGUAUACUCUUCUAAAGUGUCUGCUCUUAUUAAGGAGUACAACAGGGUUUGCUUGCAAGCCUCAAAGGCCUGCCAAAGCAAAGAGCAAACUUUACAGCAGAGAUUCCGCACAGCCUUCAGAGACUUUCAGCAGUGGCUGGUAAAUGCAAAAGUGAUGACUGCCAAGUGUUUCGAUAUUCAUGAAAGUAUUACUGAAGCAUCCGCCAGUCUGGAGAGAAUUCAAGAAUGCCUUUCUGAAAGUGAAAGCGGCCAGCAGAAACUACAAAUAGUGAUAUCUAGAGGUGAACUUUUGUGCAGUAUUAUGCCUGAGGAGAACAUAAAAAAUAUCCAGCAAAAGGUCAAUACAGCAAAAAAUGAUUGGAAGAGCUUCAUCUCCUCUCUACAUCAGAAGGAAUCUGCUUUAGAGAAUUUAAAGGUACAGAUGAGAGACUUUGAAGCAAGUGCUAAGCCAGUUCAGGAGUGGCUCAGCAAUACUGAACGAAUAGUUCAAGACAGUAAUAACCGCCUCCAUGACCUGCCCUCUAAAAGAAAGGAACAGCAAAAGCUGCAGUCUAUCCUGGAAGAAAUAGCCUGUCAUGAGCCACAAAUCACCAGACUAAAAGAAAAAGCUCAGCAGCUAAGGGAAGGACAGUCUGCCAGCAAAACCUGUGCGCACAGGGUGUCUCAGCUGUCUGCUCAAUACCUAGCUUUAAACAAUCUAACCAAGGAAAAAAUGUCUGGGAUGGACCGAAUUGUUGCAGAACAUCAACAGUUUUCGCAGGGCCUGAAUGAGCUUCAGGACUGGAUAAAGGAUUCUAUUCACCUGCUGCAAUCCUACAGUCACCCGACAGCAGAUAAAAGUGUCCUUGACAGCAGAAUGUUCAAGCUGGAGGCUCUGCUACUAGCGAAGCAGGAGAAGGAAAUCCCGAUUCUGAUGAUAAUAACCCGAGGAGAAUCAGUUCUGAGAAACACGUCACCAGAAGGAGCCUCUGCCAUUCAGGACCAGCUUCAAGACCUGAAGGACUCCUGGGCCUCCCUAUUAUCCUCCUGUAUACAGUGUAAAAGCCAACUUGAAGGGGCUCUGUCUAAGUGGACUGGCUAUCAGGAUGAUGUACGUCAGUUCUCCAGCUGGAUGGAUGGGAUUGAGGAUAGAAUGAAUGAUGCUGAAAGGCAGUACAAUGAUCUGAGGGACAAAAUUGCAGCACAGAGCAAAGCUAAAUUAUUGAAUGAAGAGGUCAUAAGUCAUGGGUCUUUGUUGGACACCAUAGAAAAGAAGGGGUCCAGUAUGACAGAACAUUAUGUUACACAGCUGGAGCUCCAGGACCUGCAGGAACGCUACAAGGCAUUACAAGGAAAGACUAAGGAGGCCAUUUUCAAAGUAGAUAAAAUAGUCUCAGAUCAUAAAGAUUAUCAAAAGGGUCUUCGAGUAUUUGAUGAUUGGUUACAAAAAGAGAUUGAGAAGCUGGACUGUCUUGAAUUGUUGGAUGGCAAUACUGAGAUGUAUGAAAGCACUCUUCGGGAACUUCAGGAACUUCAAAUGAGGUGUGCAGAAGGUCAAGCCUUAUUAAACUCUGCACUACACAUACGGGAAGAAGUUAUACCAUGGGGCAUUCCUCACAUUGAAGAUAGGGAACUGGAAUCAUUAAGACAGGACUGGCAAUUGUAUCAGCAAAGACUCACAGAGACCAGAGGACAGAUUAAUGGUGCUCUAAGUAAAUUGAAAUUGAUGGAAAGGAAGUUCCAGAAGACUGAUGAAUGGUUGACCUCUGUGGAAGGAAACGUAAAUAUUAGAACUGGACGCCAGUCAGACAGAGCGACAAAGGAAAUACAGCUGCAGCAAAUGAAGAAAUGGCAUGAGGAGGUGUUAGUCUACAAGGAGGAGGUUGAAGAGGUUGGGUCAUUGGCUCAGCAGGUGUUGGAGGAAGGCCGGAGUAGCAGCAGAAUGAGUAGCGUGGCCACUCUGCUCGCAUCUCGCUAUCAAGCUGUCAGGCUGUAUAUCUUGGAACAAACCCAGUUUCUAGAAGAGGAAAUCAGAAGCAUAGAGGAGUCAGACAUUGCCAUUAAAUCAUAUACUGACUGGUUUGGAGAAGCACAAAACAACUUUAAAAAUGUUACAUCAGACAUGGGAGUCAUGGAUAAGACAGGUCUGGAGAAGAAAAUGAAGAAACUUGAGCUUUUAUUAAGUGAUAUGGAUGUGGGUCAUCGAUUGCUCAAAUCAGCCCGUGAGAAAGGAGAAAGAGUGCUAAACUACUUAGCAAGAGCUGAGGCUGAGCAGCUAGAAAAAGACAUACACAGCCAUGUGGAGAAUUUGGAAGACCUGGCAAGUUCAAUUAGGAAGGAACACACAGCCUUGGAGAAGGGUCUUCAUUUGGCUAAGGAGUUUUCGGACAAGUAUAAAGUGCAAGCCCAGUGGCUAGCAGAAUGUCAGUCAAUUUUGCAAGCUGAUGUGGAGCCCAAAACUGAACUGUAUGAGAAGAAGGCACAGCUAGCUAAAUACAAGUCCAUUCAGCAGACUGUUCUCUCCCAUGAGCCUUCUAUCAAGCUAGUCAUUGAAAAAGGAGAAGCUUUGUUUAGUCUGACCCGGGACGCUACUGCGGGAGACAAAAUUCAGAAAUUGCAAAAAGACUAUCAAGGACUGUGCCACAUGGCAAAGACAAGUGUAGCAGAUUUGGAAGAGAAAGUAAAGGAACAUGAAGCCUACAAUUCGGAGCUGCAGGAUGUGGAGAAGUGGCUGCUUCAUAUGUCAAGCAGACUUGUAACUCCAGAUCUAAUGGAAAGCAGCAAUUUAGAGACCAUUACUCAGCAGCUGGCAAACCAUAAGGCAAUGAUGGAGGACAUUGCUGGUUUUGAAGAACGCUUGAACAGUCUUAGGCUAAAGGGAGAGACUCUGGUUCUUCAUUGUUCUGAGCACCUUCAGGGAAAGUUCAAGCAGAAUAUUCAGGCCCAUUUACAAGGGACGAGGGACAGCUACUCUGCCAUUUGUAGCACUGUCCAGCGAGUUUAUUUAAGUUUGGAGAAUGAACUCCAGAAACAUGUCAGUCACCAAGACACACUGCUGCAGUGCCAGGCCUGGCUGGCCUCCAUGCAGAAAGACAUAGAACCUGGCACCAAAGCUCCUCUCAGUCUGGCGGAGGCAACAAAGCAGGCGAAGCAUUUCAGGACUCUGCAGGAGCAGGCCAACACGUACUUGGAUCUCUUGUGUACUGCUUGUGACUUGUCUGAUGGUCCUGUGAAGAAUGUGGCAAUCAACAUACAGCGAACAAAGCAAACAAUUGAGCAGAGAAUGAUGGUGGCUCAAGAUCUGGCAAACGGCUGGGAAGAAGUUAAACAUCUAAAGGCGGAGCUUCAAGCAUAUUUCCAAGAGGCCGGUCAGCAGAUUCAGAAUAUGAAGAGGAGACGAGCAGAGCUGGAGAUUAAACUGGUACAGAACAUGGUAUCACAGCUUAAGGAAUUCAAUCAGAAGCUUCAGUCUCAGCAAGAUAAGAUUACCAGUUUUACAGAGAAAGUGAACCGGCUGACCAGCGGACAGGAGUCUCCAGAGCAUGCAGACAUUGGGCACCUAAGUAAUCGUUGGCUGGACUUUUGCUUUCAAAAUAACAAUCUGCUUCAGCAGAGGGAGGAGGACCUGCAGAGAACACGUGAUUAUCAUGAUCGCCUCAGCUUGGUGGAUGUUUUUCUGGAAAAACUCACCACUGAAUGGGAUAACUUAGCCAGAUCUGAUACUGAGAGUACAGCUGCACACCUUGAAGCUCUGAAAACAUUGGCCUCUAUUCUUCAAGAGAGAAGGAUUGCACUUGAGGACCUUAAGGAACAAAAGCAAAAAAUAACUGAACAUUUGAAUGCAGAUGACAAAGAAUUAGUGAAGGAGCAAACCAAUCACUUUGAGCAGCGCUGGACUCAACUUGAAGACCUUGUGAAAAAUAAAAUCCAGACCUGUGCUACAACUUUGGAACAGUUAAACUUAGUUAAUUCUCGCCUUCAAGAUUUAACUGAGUGGGCUGAAGAUCAGCAGCCUAGCAUCACAGAGGCUUUGAAACAAAGUCCACCACCAGAACUUGCUCAGAACUUGCUCAUGGACCAUCUGACUAUUUGCAGUGAAGUGGAGACCAAACAACUGUUACUGAAAAACCUGAUUAAAGAUGCUGAUAAAAUUAUGGGCAAUUUAGGACUGAACGAAAGGCAACAGCUUCAGAAGGCUCUAGCAGAUUCGCAGAAACAUGUAGACUGUCUCAGCGACUUGGUCAACCAGCGUAAGAGACAUCUGAACAAGGCCUUGUCUGAAAGAGCACAGUUUUUAAUGGCAGCUUAUCAGGCAUUAAAACAAAUUCAACAGCAUGAAAAGAAAGUUAUGUUUCAAGAAUACAUAUCUCUCCAUCCUGAUGAUGUAACCAAACAAAUCAGGACUUGCAGAAAUGCCCAAGCUGGCUUGAAGGCUUAUCAGGUUGAUAUUAACUGCCUGUGGAACCAGGGCAGGGAACUGAUGAAAGAGGCCACUGAGCAAGAAAAGGUUGAGGUUUUAGGAAAAUUACAAGAGCUUCAAAAUGUCUUUGACAGUGUGUUGCAAAAAUGUGGACAGAGGCUCAUCGAACUUGAAAAGAGCCUAGUUUCAAGAAAGCAUUUUAAGGAGGAUUUAGAUAAGGCUUGCCAUUGGAUUAAGCAUGCAGAUGUUCUAACAUUUCCUGAGAUCAAUUUAAUGAAUGAUGAUUCUGAGCUUUACUCACAGCUGUCCAAAUACCAACAAAUACUUGAGCAGGCCCCAGAGUAUGAAAAUCUUUUACUUUCUUUGCAACAAAAUGGCCAGGAGAUUCUCCCGUCACUGAAUGAGGUUGAUCAUUCUUAUCUAGAUGAGAAACUGAAUUCUUUGCCCCUGCAAUGUAGUUAUGUUGUCAAGUUAGCUAGAGAAAAGCUUGGUAAGGUUCAGGAAGCAAUUAUUAUGCGUAAAGAAUACGUUUCCCUAAUUGAUUUGACAAGCAAGGCUUUAAAAGAAUUGGAAGAUCACUUUUUACUCAUGAACAAAGUUCCUUCCAGUCUUUUAGCUCAGGAAGCAUUGGCACUUCAGCAAAACUGCUCUUCUCUGUUAAAUGAAGUUGUGACCCUUGGCACAGCAGUCAACGAACUUAAUCAAAAGAAAGAAAUUUUCCGUAGCACAGGACAACCAUGGCUUCCUGAAGAAAUGCUGCAAGUUGUAAGCCUGUUUUAUAAGUUAAAAAGAAUGAUAGAGCAGAAAGUUAGCCAGUUGGCAGACAUUACAGAUGCCUAUAGGAGGUACGAAGAUCAUUGUUCAAAGAUGAAUUUAAAGUUUGAGACAAUAAGUAAGGAGCUAGAGCAAGUUAAUGUGGAGACACUUCCAGCUGAGGAUAAGCUGAAAAGUUACCGUACAAUGGCAGCCAAGCUACAGGAUGCUGGAACUCUUCUUAGGCGCAUUACAGAACAGUUAGAGGAGAUGUCCUCAAUGCUGGAACCUUCAGCGUGUGAAUCUGCCGAUAUGCAAGUACAACAGUGGCAUGAAAAGCUAAAGUUAUGGAACUCUGUAGUGAAGGAGAAAAUGGGAGAAAGUGAGAACAGAUUUAUGCAAAGUAUAGACUUUCAUACUGAGAUCUGUCGUAUUCUAGAGUGGCUUAGACAAAUGAAGGUGGAGAUCAAUGAACCUUUGCUAUUGGAUGGGAAACUUGAAAGCAUCCAAGAAGAAAUUAGAAAGUUACAAAUUCAACAGGAGGAAUUUGUGUCAAGUUUAAGAAUAAUAAAUGCACUUUUUCUCAGAGAAAAACAGAAGUAUCUGAAGGCAAAGGAGUUUGUUCCAGCUGAUCUGGAAAACAGCAUGGCUGAGGUGUCUGAACUUGAAAAGGAAAUCAAUGAAGGAAUCACAGGAAAGCAGAUGACUCUUGACAAGAUGUAUAUUGCAAGUCACCGGUACCACCAAGCAGUGCAGUCUGCUUUUGACUGGCUUGAAGAAGCGCAGGAACUACUCCAGCAAAAUGAAAAUGGUGUGGAUAUUGAAAUAGCUGAAGAAAGUCUUAAAGUCUAUACAGAGUUCUUUAGCACAGAAAGCAAAUUCAAUGGACUUUUAGAUGAACUGCGCACUCUGGUGUCUGAGCUUGAACUUUGUGUGCAGAAAUCUGGACAAGAUCAUUUCAAACAAGCUGUAGCUUCACUGAAAAAGAAAGGAAAGGAAACCAAGGAGCAAGCCCAAGCUCAGUUAGAUUUGCUGAGAAGAUGCACUGUCCAGUGGAAUUUAUACCAGGAGGAAAGACACCAGGUUAUUAUAUCUCUGAAUGAGGCUGAGAAGAAGUUGUCUAAGUUUUCUGUGGCUAAAGAUGCUUCAUGUCACAAAACAGAGGAGAAGCUUCUGGCUCACAAGACUUUGGUAACACUGGUGAAUUCCUUUCAUGAGAAAAUCACAGCUCUUGAGGAGAAGGCAUCAGCAAUGGAAAAACUUGGGGAUAACGCCAGCAAAGCAACUAUCAGCAAGUCAAUGACAACAGUGUGGCAGAGAUGGACCAGGCUCCGCAGUACAGCACGUGAACAGGAAAGGAUACUGGAGGAGGCUUUACAAGAGUGGAAAGAGCUCAGUAAUAAGAUACAGGAAUCCACCUUGGCAAUUGAUCAGCUUCAGGAACGCCUACCAGAGAGCUGCACAGAAAAGGCUAUGAAAGCUGAACUGGUUGAGCUACUGGAGAACCAUGAAACCUUUUCUCGUGAGUUGGAGCAGGAGUUCUCUGCAGUCAGUCAUCUUAGACAACAUGCACUGAAUGGUGUCCUGCGAGAUUCUGCAACUGAACCAGCUGCCUUUGAAGACCUGCCAGUCAUUCAAGAAAUGAAAGCCAUGCUUGACAGAUGUUCAAAUAUGCAACAGAAAGUAAAGAAGAGCAAGAAAUUUGUAGAGCAAGAACUGAAGGAACGUGAGGAUGUGGAGAAAGAGCUGAAUGCAGUUAAAGCCUGGAUCAAGGAUACGCAAGACAAGAUGCUGGACCCUGCAUCAGAAAUGGGCAUGCAGAUCGAGGAUUGGCAGGGUCUGCAGGAAGAACUGAAUUCUCAUCGUCGCAAAGUGGAGAAAUUGUCUGAAGAGCAGCAGAACAAGUAUUUGGAGAUGUAUGCCAUUCUGCCAUCUGAAAUCUCAUUACUGCUUGCUGAAGUGGCAUUAGCACUGGCCAGUAUAAAUGAGGAGAUUCAAACGAAGCAGAAAGAAGCACAGCAGAAUCAAGUGCUGUACCAGGAGCUGAGUCAGCAAGCUGCAGAAGUUGAACAAGAGUUGACUGUCAUUUUGGAAAAACUCAAAGAGAAAGCAAGCGAUGUGGCUCAAGCUAGAAAAGAUCACAAGAUCUUAUGUGAGGAGUUAGACAAGUGCAAUAUAAAGCUUGUAGAACUGGAUGCAGCUGUGCAAGACUUUAGUGAGCAAAAUCACACACUGGCAAAGCAGUUGGUGGACAAAGUAGGCGUACUAACUGAAGUGCAACUGCAAGCCAGCAAGGAGGCUGAAUACAAGACAGGCAGAGUAAAACAGGCUGCAAUUCAACUAGAAGAAUACAAUGAAAUGCUAGAAUUUAUUUUGCGUUGGAUAGGGAAGGCAAAAAUAUUAGUACACGGUGCAAUCAUCUGGAAUUCAGCAAGCCAGCUUCGUGAUCAGGCAAUGUCUCAUCAGGCUAUGUUGGAUGAGUCUAGAGAUAUCCGCAGUGAUCUGGAAGCUAUGAAUGAGAAGAUAGACUACUUAUCAAGUGUGCACCAUACUGAAGGAUUGUGUCAGCAAGUAUCAGAACUUGGACGAGAGACUGAAGAACUGCAACAAACAAUCAAACAACGCCUGAUGAGCCUUUAUGAUGCAGCAGAAGAUAUGAGAACGUUUGAGAGUGAAGUGAGAGCUUUACAAACAGCACUGGCACAAGCUCAGUCUACACUUACUUCUCCAGAACUUGGACACCUGAGUCUUAAGGAGCAACUAUCACAUCGACAGCAUCUGCUUUCCAAAAUGGAGUCUCUGAAGCCAAAAGUACAAGCUGUUCAGGUUUGCCAGAGUGCCUUAAGAAUCCCUGAAGAGGUAGUCACCAGUCUUCCUAUAUGCCGUACAGCUAUCAGGCUGCUAGAGGAGACCAGCCGUCUUCAACACACAGCUAUCCAACAGUGCAAUAUAAUGCAGGAGGCAGUAGUUCAGUAUGAACAGUAUGAGCAAGAAAUGAGACAUUUGCAGCAUCUCAUUGAGGAAGCACAUCGGGAACUACAAGAUGCAAAAGUAACAACUAACAACAUCCAAGAACUUCAGAUCCAAAUUAAACGCCAUGAGGAGCUGGCAAAGAAAAUCAAGGGCUAUCAGGACCAGAUAGCGUCGCUGAAUUCAAAGUGUAAGAUGUUAACAAUGAAAGCCAAACAUGCUACAAUGUUACUGACGGUAACUGAAGUGGAGGGACUGACAGAGGGAAUGGAAGAACUGGAUGCUGAACUCCUCCCUGCACACUCUGCUCACCCAUCAGUUGUUAUGAUGACCGCUGGUCGCUGUCACACUCUCUUGUCACCUGUCACUGAGGAAUCAGGGGAGGAGGGUACCAACAGUGAGAUUUCCUCUCCACCGGCUUGUCGUUCACCUUCACCUGUGGCUAAUACAGAUGCUUCUGUUAAUCAGGACAUUGCUUAUUACCAGGCCUUAUCUGCUGAACAGUUGCAGACAGAUGCUGCCAAGAUCCAUCCUAAUAGAGCUUCUCCGCAAGAGAUGUAUGAGUCAGGAAUAGAGACAGCUGCUAACGCCAAAUUAGAUGAUCUACAGCGUUCUUGGGAGACGCUGAAGAAUGUGAUUAGUGAAAAGCAACGCACAUUAUAUGAGGCUCUUGAACGACAACAAAGGUACCAAGAUUCUCUUCAAUCCAUUUCCACUAAAAUGGAGGCAGUUGAAGUUAAAUUAAAUGAGAGUUUGGAGCCUAGCAAGACGCCUGAAAGUCAGAUGGCUGAACACCAGGCUCUUAUGGAUGAGAUUUUAAUGUUGCAGGAAGAGAUCAGCAAGUUGCAAGCUUCCUUUGCAGAUGAGCUAGUAUCUGAAUCUCUGGAUUCAGAAGCUGCUGAUCAGUUAGCUGUGCAAUCAACGCUGACUGUCUUGGCUGAAAGAAUGGCCACCAUCAGAAUGAAGGCCUCAGGAAAACGGCAACUCUUGGAGGAAAAACUGAAUGAACAGCUGGAAGAACAACGCCAUGAACAAGCUCUGCAGAGAUACCGCAGUGAAGCAGAUGAACUGAAUCACUGGGUGCUGGGGGCCAGGUCUACCUUGGAAAAUGUAUUGCGUGCCUUUGAAGAGCCUAUGGAUAUGGAGGCACAACUUAUUGAUUGCCAGAACAUGCUUUUGGAAAUCGAACAGAAAGUGGUGGCUUUGUCGGAACUUUCUGUACACAGUGAGAACUUACUCAUAGAAGGGAAGGCCCAGACUAAGGAAGAGGCCGAACAGUUGGCAAUGAAACUGAGGACUUUGAAGGGCAGCCUCUUGGAACUUCAGAGAGUGCUUCAGGACAAGCAGAUAAGCAUCCAGGCUAAGCUAGCAUGGGGAGAGAUGAAAGCACACAAGAAAGCAGAACAUGGGACAUUUCAUGAAAAGGAAGAAUCAGAGGCAGAGCUGUCAUCGUCACAAAGUCCCAGUGUCCAAGAAUGGCUGGUGCAAACGCGUACAACUCGCUCACUGCAGAAGCAGAAUAGUCUUCAGAAGCAGAAAGAACUGGAACAGGAACUUGCUGAACAGAAGAAAUUAUUGCAAUCUGUUGCAAGUCGUGGAGGUGAAAUCAUAAAUCAGCAAACGGCCACGGAUCGGACAAAUGUCAGUGAUGGACCAGAUUCCCUGUCUAGAGAGUUAGGCUUGGAAGGAGUAAAACCGACAUCUCAAGAUCAGAUGAGAAUGAAAUGGGAGAGUCUGCACCAAGAGCUCAGCACCAAAGAGAAGCUUAUCCACAGUGCUUUACAGCAGGAGCAAGAACAGCCGAUCUUCAGCAAAACAAACAGAAUUAUAUCUGGGGUGCCUUUUUACAAAGGAGACAAGCAAGUACAAGACAAAUCAUCUGUGGUAAAUAUUUUGGAUGGACUAAACCAAGCGCUGGAAGAUGUAUCAUCUCAGACUUUGGUUGGAGAAAAAAAGAUCCUUCCAUUAGAGAAAAAACUUUAUGAUGCCGUCUCAGCUACUUCUACCUGGUUGGAUGAUGUGGAGGAACGCCUUUUUGUACAAACUGCUCUUCAGCCAGAAGAGGCAGAAGCCUGUCUUUACCACCAAGAGACUUUGGCAAAAGACAUUAAAGAAAUGAGUGAAGAGAUGGACAAGAACAAAAAUCUCUUUUUACAAGCCUUUACAAGCACAGGAGACCACCAGGAGAUCGUAGAGGACACGUUGUAUUGUCUUCUGGGAAGACUAAACUCUUUAGAAUCUGUUGUAAACCACAGAUGUAAUCAAAUGAAAGAGAGGUUACAGGAUCUUCUGACCUUCCAGAAUGAUUUGAAGAUGCUGUUUACCUCUUUGGCUGAUAACAAAUACAUCAUACUACACAAACUGGCAGAAGCAGUGGAGCGACCAGCGAAAGAACAGAUGCAGGCGAUUUUACAAGCAGAAGAUAGUUUAAAAGAACUGGAUACAGAAAUUACUGAGCUGAAAAAGCGUGGAGAUAGACUACAGGUGGACCAGCAAUCUGUGCAAGAACUAUCAAAGCUUCAGGACACUUAUGAUGAGUUGAUUAUGAUCAUCAGCUCAAGAAGGGGUGGACUAAAUCAGAACCUUGCUCUCAAGAGUCAGUGUGAACGAGCUCUGCAAGACCUGGCUGACUUGAUUGAAACAGGAGAGGAGAAGAUGUCUGGAGGACAGAAAUGCAUUGUCUCCUCAAGAGAAGAGGUCCACAAUAUGCUUCAGAAGCACAAGGAAUAUUUCCAAGGCUUGGAGUCACACAUGAUCCUUACAGAAACGCUUUACCGAAAAAUCAGCAGCUAUGCAUCUCAUUGGGAGACCCAGCAACACUCAGACUUGAUGACAAGGGCUUCUGCUGUACUGAAACAUGCUCACAAGAGAGGAGUAGAGCUGGAAUACAUACUGGAGACGUGGAUGCAAUUGGAUGAGAAAUAUCAAGACCUGAGCAGACAGCUGGAGUCAGUUGAGAGCAACAUUCCCAUUGUGGGACUUGUGGAAGAAUCUGAGGAAAGACUAAAAGAAAGAAUUCAGUUGUAUCAGUGCUUCAAGUCCAGCUUAGCAGAGUACCAACCAAGACUUUACCAGGUCUUGGAUGAUGGGAAGAGAUUGCUGAUGUCAAUUAAUUGCUCAGAGCUAGAGAGCUCACUGAAUCAGGUGGGAGAGCAAUGGCUGAACAGCACCAGCAAGGUUUCCAAAGAACUGAACCGACUGGAGAAUAUUCUCAAACACUGGACCAGAUAUAAAAAUGAAUCAGCCGAACUUGUUCACUGGUUGCGCUCUGCAAUGGAUAGACUGGAUUUUUGGACUGAACAAUCUGUUACUGUGCCUCAAGAGCUGGAGACAGUCAGAGAUCAUCUGAAUGCUUUCUUGGAAUUCUCCAAAGAGGUUGAUGCCAAAUCCUCUCUGAAAUCAUCAGUACUGAGUACUGGGAACCAGCUGCUUCGACUGAAAAAAGUGGAUACAGCAGCACUUCGUUCAGAACUGGCACAGAUAGAUAACCAGUGGACAGAGCUCCUUACUCAUAUCCCUGUAGUACAAGAAAAACUUCAUCAGCUGCAGAUGGACAAGCUUCCAUCACGUCAUGCCAUAACUGAAGUCAUGACUUGGAUUUCCCUGAUGGAAAAUGUAAUUAAGGAAGAUGAACAGAACAUCAGGAAUGUUGUAGGAUGUGAAGCUAUUCAGGAAUAUCUGCUGAAGUACAAGGGAUUUAAGAUUGACAUCAAUUGUAAACAGCUGACAGUCGACUUUGUGAACCAGUCGGUGCUCCAGAUCAGCAGCCAGGAUGUGGAAAGUAAGAGGAGCGACAAAACGGAUUUUGCUGAGAAGUUGGGAGCCAUGAACAGACGCUGGCAGAUCCUUCAAGGGUUGAUAACAGAAAAGAUUCAGCUGCUAGAUGGGUUGCUGGAAUCUUGGACAGAAUACAGGAACAGUGUGCAGAGUCUAAAAUCUUGGUUUGAGAAACAAGAAAAUAAACUGCAGAAAUACCAGAGCAUCGGAGACCAAGCUUCAGUCCAGAACAGCUUAAAAGAUUGCCAGGAACUCGAGGGGCUUAUCAAGGCCAAAGAAAAAGACGUGGAGAAGGUCGGACAGACUGGACUUUACCUGAUUCAUAAUAAAAAAGAAAAAGUCAGUGCAAUCAUUAUGGACACCCUUGGUGAACUUCACCAGUGCUGGGCUAAUCUGGACUGCAAGGUGUGUCAGCUAAAGAUAUUGUUGCAGUCGGUACUUGAUCAGUGGAGCAUUUACAAGGAGGUUUAUGAAGAUCUGAACAGUUAUUUAAUGGAAGCCAGGUACUCCUUGUCCCAUUUCCGGCUCCUGACAGGAUCCAUGGAAGCUGUCAAAGUCCAAGUGGACAACCUGCAGACUCUACAGGAAGAGUUGGAAAAACAGGAGAGACUUUUAAACAAGUUUGCCUGUGUAUCCAACAAGCUGCAAAAUGAAUGUUACUCCACUGUGGCAGAAACACUGAAGAGCACUUUAAAAGAGGUUACCUCAAGGUGGAAUAGUUUAUUAGAAGACAUUUCAGAACAGCUGCACUCAAGCAAGACUUUGCUCCAAUUGUGGCAGAAGUACAAAGAUUUUUGUACUCAGUGUUUUGCCACUGUGCAGCAGCAAGAAGAUCGCACCAACCAGUUACUGAAGACUGCAACCAACAAGGACAUAGGAGAUGAUGAGAUUGCAACCUGGAUACAGGACUGCAGUGUUCUUUUGAAAAAUCUGGACACAGCAAACAUCUCAUUGGCUGGUCUUUGUGAGAUAGGAGAGCAGCUUAAACAACAAGUGGAUUCAUCUGCAGCUGCAACCAUCUUAUCUGAUCACUUAUCACUGAGCCAACGCUUGUCAGUAUUAGAGCAGGCUCUCCAAAGACAACAGGACAUUCUCCAGGCUGGAGUGUUAGAUUAUGAAACGUUUGUGAGUAGUCUGGAAAACCUGGAAACCUGGAUUGUCGCUGCAGGAGAGGUUUUAAAUGGCCAGGACCCGAACCGCUCAUCAGACCUUUCCAUAAUUCAAGAGAGGAUGGAAGAACUAAAAAGGCAAAUGUUGCAAUUUAGUAGCAUGGGCCCAGGCUUGGAUCGCCUCAAUGAGUUAGGAUACAGAUUACCACUAAAUGACAAGGAAAUCAAAAGGAUGCAGUGUUUAAAUAGAGACUGGACAACGGUAUCAUCUCAGACAACAGAAAGAUUCAGUAAGUUACAGUCCUUCUUGCUGCACCACCAGACCUUCCUGGAAAAAUGUGAGACGUGGAUGGAGUUCUUGAUUCAGACUGAGCAGAAGUUGGCAGUGGAGAUCCCUGGAAACUACCAGAGCCUACUAGAACAGCAGAGAGCUCAUGAGCUAUUCCAAGCGGAAAUGUUCAGUCGCCAGCAGAUUUUGCACUCUAUCAUCGUUGAUGGACAAAGGCUUCUUGAGCAAGGACAAGUGGAUGAUAGGGAUGAGUUUAACCUUAAACUUACCCUGCUGAGUAACCAAUGGGAAGGAGUAAUCCGUCGGGCUCAACAGAGAAGGGGGAUAAUCGACAGUCAAAUACGUCAGUGGCAACGAUACAGAGAGAUGGCAGAGAAGCUGCGCAAGUGGCUGGCGCAGAUGUCCUAUCAGCCAGUGACAGGCCUGGGGAGCAUCCCAAUACCCCUACAGCAAGCCAGGAACCUUCUGGAUGAAGUCCAGCUGAGAGACAGAGUACUGCACAGACAGCAAGGGAGCUACAUCCUGACUGUGGAGACUGGGAAGCAGCUGCUUCUCUCUGCUGAUGGUGGGGCGGAGGCUUCCUUGCAGGCAGAGCUCAUCGACAUUCAAGAGAGAUGGAAGGCCACCACAGUGAGACUGGAGGAACAGAAGAAACAGCUUGCAUUCCUACUGAAAGACUGGGAGAAAUGUGAAAAAGGAGUAGCAGAUUCCUUGGAAAAGCUUAGAACAUUCCGGAAAAAACUCUCUCAGCCUCUACCUGUCCAUCAUGAUGAACUGCAUACAGAACAGAUCAGAUGCAAGGAACUUGAAAAUGCAGUGGAAGGAUGGGUGGAGGAUCUUGUUCAUCUGACAGAACUGAAGGACACCUUUUCACCAUUUAUUAGUGCAGAUGAUAUUUCCAUUCUUAAUGAGCGCAUUGAACUUCUGCAGAGACAGUGGGAGGAACUGUGUCAUCAGGUCUCUUUACGUCGGCAGCAAGUCAGUGAAAGGCUUAAUGAGUGGGCAAUAUUCAAUGAAAAGAACAAAGAGCUGUGUGAGUGGCUGACACAGAUGGAAAGCAAGGUCUCUCACAAUGGGGACAUCAGCAUUGAAGAGAUGAUUGACAAGCUAAGAAAGGACUACCAGGAGGAAAUUGCAGUUUUCCGGGAAAACAAAAUCCAGCUGCAACAAAUGGGAGAGAGAUUGGCCAAGGCCAGCCACGAGAGCAAGGCAUCAGAGAUCGAAUACAAGCUGAGCAAAGUUAAUGACAGAUGGCAGCAUCUUCUGGACCUUAUUGGUGCAAGAGUGAAGAAACUGAAGGAGACCUUGGUUGCAGUGCAGCAGCUGGAUAAGAACAUGAGCAGCCUAAGAUCAUGGCUGGGUCACAUAGAAUCAGAGCUGUCCAAACCUAUCGUGUAUGAAACCAGCGAUUCUGAAGAGAUACAAAGGAAACUAAAUGAGCAGCAGGAGCUCCAGAGAGACAUAGAGAAGCACAGUACGGGAGUCGCAUCAGUUCUAAAUCUCUGUGAAGUACUUCUACAUGACUGCGAUGCUUGUGCCAAUGACAGCGAAUGUGAUUCCAUCCAGCAGGCCACCCGCAGUCUAGACCGCAGGUGGAGGAACAUCUGUGCCAUGUCUAUGGAGAGGAGACUCAAGAUCGAAGAGACAUGGCGGCUUUGGCAGAAAUUCCUGGAGGACUUUUCUCGCUUUGAAGACUGGCUGAAAAUUUCAGAACAGACAGCUGCCCUCCCCAGUUCUUCUGGUGUCCUUUAUACAGUGGCGAAGGAAGAACUGAAGAAAUUUGAGGCUUUCCAAAGACAAGUUCAUGAGAGUCUUACUCAGCUGGAGCUCAUAAAUAAACAGUAUCGCCGCCUGGCUCGGGAGAACCGCACUGAUUCAGCAUGUAAGCUAAAACAAAUGGUCCAUGAAGGCAACCAAAGGUGGGACAACCUACAGAAGAGAGUCACAUCUAUUCUCAAGAGGCUGAAGCAUUUUAUUGGCCAGCGAGAAGAAUUUGAGACUGCACGAGACAGCAUCUUGGUGUGGCUCACAGAAAUGGACCUUCAGUUGACAAACAUUGAACAUUUCUCUGAGUGUGAUGUUCAGGCAAAAAUCAAACAGCUUAAGGCCUUUCAGCAAGAGAUAGCCCUAAACAAUUCCAAGAUUGAUCAAAUUAUUACUCAGGGAGAACAACUCUUAGAAAAGAGUGAACCUCUUGAUGCUGCUGUUAUUGAAGAAGAACUGGAUGAACUGAGGAGGUAUUGCAUGGAGGUCUUUGGUCGUGUUGAACGAUAUCACAAAAAGCUCAUCCGUCUUCCGUUGACAGACGAUGAGCAUGACUUCUCUGACCGAGAGGUGGAUAUAGAUGAAUCAAUGGACCUGUCUGAUCUGCAGUGGCACACAAAGAAUUCAGGUGGCAUCCUGUCACCUCUGCCUUCUUCAAACCACUCACUGUCUCUAAUUGUUCCAAUGAGGAGUGAAAGAUCAGGGCGGGAUACACCAGCUAGUGUGGAUUCUAUACCAUUGGAGUGGGAUCAUGACUAUGACCUCAGCCGGGAUUUAGAAACAGCAGUAUCUCAAGCAUUGCACUCAGAUGAUGAAGAUGACAAAAAUUACUUCCUUCAAGGAGCAACUGGUUUAACUGGGUCUGGUUUGUUAGAAUCACAGAUCCGUCAGCUAGACAAAGCACUGGAUACCAGCCGCUUCCAUUUACAGCAGACAGAGAAUGUCAUUCGCAGCAGAACCCCCACUGGACCUGAACUAGACUCAAGUUACACAGGAUAUAUGAAGCUUCUUGGAGAGUGUCGAGGCAGCAUAGACACUGUGAGAAGAGUAAGUGGAAAACUCAAAGAAGAAGAAGAGAAACUCUCAGGUUUCAUUAACCUUAAUAGCACAGAAACACAGUCCGCUGGUGUUAUCGAACGAUGGGAAUUAAUUCAUGCACAGGCUUUAAACAAGGAACUACGAAUGAAACAAAAGCUCCAGCAGUGGCAACAGUUCAUGUCAGAUCUGAACAACAUCAUGGAUUGGUUGACAGAAACAGAGGAGGAGCUUGAACAGCUUCGCCGUCUUGAUAUCAGUACAGAUAUCCAAACUAUAGAACAAAGAAUCAAAAAACUAAAAGAACUUCAGAAGGCUGUGGAUAGUCGGAAAGCUAUUGUGCUGUCCAUUAAUCUUUGCAGCUCCGAGUUCACUCAGGCAGAUACUCAAGAGAGCAAGGAGCUUCAAGAGAGCCUGAGCCAAAUGAACCUGAGAUGGGACCGUGUGGGCAGCACAUUAGAAGACUGGCGCUGUUCACUACAGGAUGCUUUAAUGCAGUGCCAGGACUUCCAUGAAAUGAGUCAUGGGUUACUGCUUUGGCUUGAAAACAUUGAUCGAAGAAGAGGUGAACUCCUUCCUAUCAAUCCCAGCCUAGAUAGUGACACUCUUCAGGAUCAUCUCAAGCUGUUAACGCAAAUCAAGCGUGAACUGCUCGAGUCUCAGCUCAAGGUGGCAUUACUGCAAGACAUGUCCUGCCAUUUGAUGGUCAAUGCAGAGGGCAAGGAUUGCCUUGAAGCCAAAGAAAAGGUACAUGUCAUUGGGAACAGGCUCAAAGUGCUCUUGAAGGAAGUCACUCGUCACAUCAAAGAAAUAGAGAAAAUAUUAGACAUUUCAAGCAAUCAGCUGGAAUUAUCAUCAUGGUCUUCGGCAGAUGAGUUAGACACCUCCGGAUCUCUUAGUCCUGUGUCUGGCAGGAGCACCCCCAGCAGGCAUAGAACGCCACGGGGCAAAUGUAGUGUCUCACAGCCUGGACCCUCUGUCAACAACCCACCUAGCAGGUCCAAAGACGAUGGCUCAGGUUCCUACCUUUCUGAAGCUAAUUUAGCUCAAAAACACCAGUCGUUCUUCCUCCGAGUCCUCCGAGCUGCAUUACCACUUCAACUUCUUCUGCUGCUUUUGAUUGGUCUUGCUUGUCUUGUACCAAUGUCCGAAGAAGACUACAGUUGUACUCUGUCCAAUAAUUUUGCAAGAUCCUUCCACCCAAUGCUCCGUUAUACUAAUGGACCACCCCCUAUAUGAAAACUCUGGCAGAAACUUGUCUGGAAGACAUAUGAGCUGUUACCAGCUUUUAAUUGCACUUAAUGUGGCAGCUUUUUUUUUCUUAAUUAACCUAUAAAAUUAAAGCUCUGUUAGAGCCCCUGCAGUAUUGAGUACAGUAUGAUGUGCUUCAAAAUCCAAUCAUCAAGUAACCGAG